GAAAAAGGGAAGCACAAGCAGCAGUGAAAAAAAUAUUCUCCCAUUAUCGUAUGCAGCGCUAGCAUAGCCCACCGCCCCCGUAGCAAUUGUAGACGGGAUGUCUGCGUUACUACAGGAAUUAGAAAUCUUUCAGCUGCGCCCGCUGAUCACUAAUUUUAGUUGCAAAUUAUCCACAGUGAGCGAGUACGAUGUUCGCAAACAAUUACUGUGUCUCGUCUCUGAAGAAAAUGAUAUUGUGCUGCGCUACACAAGUGAAGGCGGACAGGAAGUGCUUAAAUUGAUUUCCUGGUUUCGACGCACCAAUCGGGUAGUGCAUGACGUUUGCUUUGAUCCCUCCGGCACUUGGCUGUUGGUACUGUGCUUCGAUAACACACUGCACAUUGUGCCUGCACUCGCUGUGGUUGACAAAACAUUCAUGGAGCCAACGAAUUCAGCGCAUCCGCCGCAGCAGCCAUACAGCACAACACAAAUUACCUCAUACAUUAUCCCAUUUGUUGGACCACACGAGUGUCCUAAUUCAAAAAAGUGCCCUAACCAGGCCACAUUCAAUGAGAAAACAGUAAAACCGCAAUCUCCAUCACCACCCGUAAUGCCUACGGAUAGCGACGAGCAGGGAAAAAGCCUUGCAGUGGCUGUGCAGCCAGCAGAGGGCGAAAAACUUUCAGAUUCACGGGAAAGUAUCGUACAGGCGUCACAAUUACUCGUUGAAGUUGAGGUGAAUAUCGCACCUAAACUGCCAGUCGAUGCGAAUCUCGAAGCUUAUAGCCAUGAUGUGCCCGCUAGCAUGCUUGCGCCCAGCGCACCACCUAAUGUCAGUGAAGAUAAGACGGGUAAUGCACAAGUCAUGGCUACUUCCUUUAUGGCAUCGGUAACUUGUCCAUAUCCACUGGCGGUUGUAUGGUGGCAAACUAUUGAUGGCGUAAAUCGCGCUGUUAUUGGCUAUUCGGACGGUUCCAUAUGUUUUGUUGGUUUGAGUCCCAAUUGUCCUUUUGUCGCGAGUACCGCAAUCGAAACGGGGUCCAUAGUAAAGCUGCUUAUUUGCAAAGACAGCACUUUCGAGAGUGUUAUGUUACUGAUUACUUCCUCUCUGAAGCAGCAAUUUAAGUUGCUACUGGAACAAAAGGCCAUUAAAUACAUCUAUCCCGGCGAGCUGUCACCCAGCACCGUGCACGGCCGGGACAGUGAUUGGCAAAUCGUUAUGCCACUAAAAACGCAAAGUAACUGCUCUGAUCCGGCAUCGGACAACAGCCAGUUGGAUGAAGAUGUAUUUCUAAAAAACGAUGAAGUUCCGAGCACAUCAAAUGGUGUCCAACUGCGACGUUCGGGCUUGAUUUCUGGUGCUCAUAUGCAAAUGCCGAAGACAGCAGUUCCACCACCGCCACCACCUUACACAGUGGCUAUAAAUCGGCACUUAGACACGGCAACCACAACAAGCAUAUCUGCAUUAGGUGGAAACAAUGCGGGUACGACGAAUAGCAGCACCAGCAUUUCCUCUACUACAGCCAUUGGCAAUGGAAACUCUGCGACGGGUGUACGUUUCACACAACAACAGCUGCCUGAAUUGGACGAUGUGAAUGCGCGUGCUGGCAUUUUGCCAGCGGCACGUGCGCGUCUAGCCUCUUUGAAGAGCCUAGGCACAAAAAAGCUUAAUGCCAUCAAAAUGCGUCUUUCCGAUAAUCGGCAAAAACUUGAAGACUACAUGCCUGAAAAUACUCUUGGCAAUUUCGCUAUUAUGGAUUCACCAUCACUCACACCCGAAGUGCUUAACAACUCCAGUGGUUCCUUUUACACCAUACAGAAUCUGCGAAGCACCUAUCUGCUAAGCGCGCUGCACAGUCACACAAACAGUCUGACUGUUCAUAGCAUUGAUAUUAGUUUGAAGCCACUGUUUUUAUAUAAAAUCCCGAAGAAUUGUUUCGAUAUACUAAUAAGCUCAAAUUUGCUCUACACUAUUCAAUAUGUUGAUAUAAAUGCCCAUAAUCCAAAGGAAACCAUAUCUCAGAACAUCGAAAAGAAUACAGAAAAGGAGAAUCGCGACACAGAUGUUGAAAAAGAAGAUAACUAUGCCGAGAAAGUGGCCAAUGUGAGCGACGUGAGUGAAGAUUUUGACUCGCUGCUUGCUGGCAUGAAUAUAGCAGCCUCAUAUAGUGCAGAUACUAGUGCGACCACAAGUGGGCCAUCCAGCAGCGACAGUUUGUCGCCGAGCAAUGCAGUGAAUGCGGUAGGAGUGAUCAGCAGUGCAAUGGCUUCAUUGCGUACUGGCGAUGAGGAUCGAUUCAACACCUCCUCCCAGUUGACUGUUUUUCGCUUUGAAAAUGAAACUGUGCUUAAUCUCUAUCAAAUGGCGACCUAUCAUACUAGCGAUCUAAGUGAAGUCAUAUCAAAGGAGGAUAAAGCUAAAGCAUUUGAUUUCAAGGACAUCCGCUCACCCAUGGAUUACGUGCAGUUCUAUGAGAACGCAGAUGUCAAAGAGGAGUACUCAUUGCGUCAAAUGGAAAUUAUGAAGCAUGAAUUUCCAAAAAUCAACUAUGAUCCCUGCUAUGUGGUCACCAACAAAAAUGUUUACUACAUAGAAUUAAAAAAAGAGCCGUUUGCCAUCUUCCUGGACUCUGCUUUAGCCGGUGAAUGGACACAAUGUCGUGAAUUCUGCAACACCUUUGAUCUCGCUUACGAAGCGUGCGUAGAAUUUGCGGGUGAUUAUCUACUGCGUCGCAAGAAGGUCACACAAGCGCUCGUCACCUAUAAUUCAGCACGAAUUAAACCCAUCCGUACAGCUCUCAAGUUAGCCAUGUUCGGACAAACAUGUGCACUAAUGCAUCUCUGUGCUAUGGCGCUGAAAACGACAUAUCUGCUCAAGUCGAAAUAUUUUUGCAGUCCCAUAAUAAAAACGGUGCUUAAAGAUAUUACAUAUCGCCAUUCGGAGGAUGUGCGCUCCGUACUGCCAUUCUCGAAAAGCACAAAUCUCUUAAAUGUGGUGAAUGAGGGGCAAUCAGCGGGUGAUUACACAUAUGGAGUGGAUGAUUCGCUUAGUAAUUUACAAAUGUCACCAUCAUCACAAUUUCAUUUGGCCAAUUUAUUGUUAAUAACACUGGCGGAACGCGCCGUGAAUGAUAAAAAUUACUUACCACUAUGGAAUUUCUUGGUAACCAACACAAAAUACCACACGAAUAUGACGAGCAUUGUACUUUGUCAAAGCGGGCUCUUCUCUUCUGCGCUUAUUUUGGCGAAGACGCGAGGCGUUUGUAUAGACACAUUUCUGGCGUUGACCAGCGUUGUUGGACAGGAGUUCGGCUGGUAUACAGAGAUGAAUGUGUGCUUGUAUAAUUUGAGUGAACUAAUGUUCGCUGAAACAAUCACCUAUUUGCCGCAGGUGGCCGUGGACUAUUUUGGUUUUAUUCAAGAGAAACUUCCGAAUAUACGACAUUGUGUACUUAAGCGCUUAGAACAACAACUCAACCCUUUUUCUGCCGUACUUCGUCCAGUGGUUUCGCACACUUCCUCCGGUCACUUAGAGCUCAAUAUAAAUGACAAUAAAACAUUUUUAUUUGAUUUUUGUAAAAAUCUAAUUGAGACAUAUUUAGCAGUUCUCAUAUACAUGGAAUCUCAACGUUCAAAGAGCGAGCACAUAAUCAACGCUUUAUCUACAUUUCGUAUAACAUACGAGGACAAUCAGUUUGCAAUCGAAACGUCUCGUUUCAAACCUAUCUCAGCUGGUUGUGCACAUUGCGCUUGCGUUGUGGAUGGUGUUGCUUACUUUUGGGGUUCGAAUGGAGUGCCUUGCAAUUAUAGCGUUAACAAGUCUUCCGAUCCUCCAGAGCCACCACAUGCAGUUAAAAGUUUAGAUUUGCUGUCACAAUUGAAUUUGGAAGUUCAUACAGUGAAAUGUGGACGGCAGCAUACUUUAGUAUUAACGAACAAUGGGUUGUAUGCCUUUGGCAACAAUAAUCUUCUGCAAUUGGGCACUGGACGCGAUAUGCAAGUGUCAUUACAACCAAUGCUUGUGCGCGCUUUCGAUGGUAAAAAUAUAACAAUCAUAGAAGCGGGACAAUAUCACAAUGCUGCUGUUGCUGACGGAGUGUUAUAUACCUGGGGUUGGGGCAUAUAUGGGCAACUAGGUCAUGGGAACUGCGAGAGUGUGCCUGAACCGAAAGUAGUUUCAUUCUUCAAAUCAAAGAAAAUACUCCAAGUAUCCCUGGGCCAUGCGCACAGCUUGGUUCUCUGUCAGACAACAAACAACCCAAAUGCCACCGAUUUAUUUGUGUUUGGCUCUAACCAUUUUGGACAAUUGGGUGUUGGUACAGGUUUGUCAAAUGUCGAAGAAGGCAGCAACAUUUCCGCCGACGAUGGAAUGCAUUGCACUAGUCAAGUGAAGAGUUUGGUGCCACUGAAGCUAUUCGUGUGCGCCGAAAGAAUAAGACUGAUACAUACCAAAUUUUUUUCUAACUUAGCUGUCGAUGAAAACGGGCACAUGUACACGUGGGGCUCAUCGCCACAGGCGCUACGUUUGGCGAAUCAGAUAAAACGACGUGCGAAUGCUAAACAAAAAAUGGAAGAGCAUCAACGGCGUGAAAUGAGCAAACGUUUCGAAGCUACAUUAGCCAGUGACACCACAAGCACGCCUUGCGUUUCAUCAACGUCCAAAAGCGCUUAUGAGGAAGCACCCAAGUCGAUGGCCAAUGAAAUUGUUUCUAGCAUACUUACAGAUGUUAUUGACAAAACCGCAGCACCGACCGUUCUUGAAGCCACGACCGAAAUCGCUCCAGUAACAAGUAUGGUUGCUCCGAAUACAAGCAAAGACCUAGAGCUCGAUGAAGUUUUGGCAUCAAGUGUUAUUGCUGUGCAAGAAGAUGACGAACUGAAAGAGGAGGGCAUGAAAGAAAUCAUAGUUAAAGAAAUUGCUGCAGCCGGCACUGAGAUCACCAUACAGUUAGUAAACGAUGUUGUUGAGGAAUUGGUCGAAAAAGUUAAGCCGAUGGUUGCACAACCGCUAAAGCCUUUGAAGCCUAUUUCGCAGGAAGUUGACGGAGCUUCAGCAAAUGCGGCAGACAACCAACAGCAGAAGUCAGGGGCUGCGACGGUGAAUGCAUCAGCUGCUGACGUCGAUCCUUGCGAACAUAUGACACCACAUUUGGUGGACACAACCGAAGUGGCAGGGCAAAUAUUACAGAUCUCAAGCGGACUCUUCCACUUCGCCUUGAUCUCAUCCACUUGCACUUUGUACACUUGGGGCAAAAAUUUAGAACACCAGCUGGGCACAGGCGAUAAGGAGCGCCGUGCAGUCAGCAAGCCCUCGCCAGUGGACUGCGUCGAUCGUCCGAUGUACGUUGAUUGCGGCGCUGAUUUUACGCUCGUCAUGACCACGGAAUACAUGGUUAAGGCGUUCGGUGGCAAUUCAAACGGACAGUGCGGUCGCGAUCUGGGUCCCUCCAUCGAUAAAAUGAAACAGCGUGUUGUUUGUUUGCCCACCACCAAGCGGCUAAUGCGUUUCGAAAGUCAAUGUGUAGACAUGCCUGUCGAAAUAAAUUUGCCACGCCCACGCAUACGUUUGGAAUCAGAUCCUGUACGCUAUUUGAAAAGUAUACCUAAAUAUCAACCCCAGUUCAUGCAAGAGGCUGGCAUAAGUUUCGAUGAUGCGGCUAACUUUGAGCGUCCAUCGCCUUCGAAUCAGUAUAAGUCCACUACUCAGGCUGAUAGUAGUGAGAAUGUAGUUACCGGUCAAGACUCCGAUGAAAUGAUCUCAAGCCUAGAGAAUUUAAGUAACAAUGAACCGAACGAUGGGUGUUCAUUGAACUUUUCGUUGCUGCCUUCGUCAGGUGCGGCUGUUGUGGUGCCUGCGUCAGCAGUAACGGCAGAAGAUGGCCAGCAUAGUAUCGCUGUGGAUGAUAUAACCCCAGAUGAACAGAGUUAUGCGCGCCUACCCGUUACGGAUAACUCGGACACAAGCUGUGCUGUGGCCGGCCAACAGAGUGUGGAACAAUGUCCACUGGUAGCGGAAACAAAGGCAAACGACGAACGUACACCACAAGCCGGUGGUUCGCAAAGUACGCUCACUUCGAAUGCGCCCGUCGAAGGUGAAGAAGACACUUUGGAGGAGGACGAGAGUUUACAGCAGCUGCGUCAGUAUAUACACUAUUGCUUGUACGUGUUCCACGGGUUGUACAAUCCCGACAAAAUUAGUGAUUUCUCGAAAGAUCGCCUGGAGUAUCGCGUACGUACACUUAUGCUCAAUUUCAAAUUUGUGGAUGCGUUUGUAUUGUGCCUGCAAAAUUGCAACAGCGCAAAUAAAGCAUUGAAAGUUUUCGCAUACUUCUCCAAGGACACGGGACUCGUGCCGCUGCGACGACAAGAUGUGAAGUACUUAAUUUACUAUUUGAUGAGACACUUUAUGGCGCAAAAAUUCGAUAUGCUUGAAUGCGAACGUUUCUUUAUGGGUGAUCUUGAGUACUACUUGCUCGAAUUAUCGUAUGUGCUGUUCUUUAACAACAACAAUACCAUGCUGGAGAGAAAUUUAAAUGAGAAAUUCAAGAGCUAUUUUGCGGACGAGGAAGCGCACCUAAAUCAAAAUCAAAACGAUAAUGAGCAGUCGCAACAUAAAUUGGAGGAUACGGAUGUGAUAUUCGAUAGCCUAAGCGUUAAGUUCAAAACGAUCGUUUGCCAGAGGCUGAUGCAGCACUGCAACAAUUAGUUGCUGGUGCUAAGCACCAUUAGAUUAACUUGUUUUUAAUUUAUUAAUUCGUGAUAUGAGUUGUUUUUUAGUUCUUUCGGCGUUUUAUAUUGUAUUUAAAUUUACACCUAAUUUAUAUAUAUUUGUGUUAUAACGAGAAAAUGUAAUAUACAUAUACAUACAUACAUACAUAUUUAUAUUCAUUUAUACCUCAUACAUUAUAUGCGUUACUUAUGUGUU